AUGAGUGCAUUCGGCCGCAUCUGUUCUCUUUUUCGCGCAUCUUUUAUAAGGCACGGAAGAAUUAACGGGCUCAGGAAUACGAACCGAUACCAAUCCAACUACAUUAUUCCAACGUAUCAGCACAGCGUCAACACUAAAAAAUGGGCUUUUGUUUUCUCAUUGGCAGCCGUCUCAACAGUCACUGAUGACAAAAACAUUAAGGAUAGUCCAAAGAUCGCCAAAAACAAAGAUAAUAGUAUUGACGUUCUUUGUGAAAAAGAAGAAAAUCACGAACACAAUCCAGAUCCAGCAUUCACAUCGUUUGCUCAUGAAGUUCCGGAUUAUGGCCAUUUAAAAUGGGAAAUGCUUUACAAUGAUAAACAUGUUACAGUACACAGACGUUGGCUACCAGACUUAAACACGUACGAGUAUCGCUGUUGUGGUAGUUACGAUGACAUUAGUGCAAGGGAUUUCGUUGACGCUCAAAUGGAAAGUGAAUACAGAAAAGAGUGGGACCCGCAUGUCAUGGAGUUGGAAGUAAGGUAGAAAUCACCAUUGUAAUAUGAAGCUUUUUUGAAAAAAAUUUAGCUAAGAAAAAAAGAUUUUAGUAGAAAAUGCUGCUGUAAUAGAAUAGUUUUUAUUGGCGAUACAGCAACUAAAAACCAUUAUUUUAGGUAAUUGAAAGAAUAAGCUAUCAACAAGACGUCGUUAGGUGGCUUCACAAGUUUCCGCGACCGUUAAAUCCCAGAAUCUACAUUUAUACGCGAGAAAGGAGCUGGGAUUCAAGUGGGGUGUACACAAUCGAAAGCCGUGUCUUAACGGAGAAAGAACAUCCAACGUCAGUCAAGGAUAAAAGCUACGUUAGAGUCGAAGCAUACGCUUCAACAUUAAGGGUGAAGCCAAAGACGCAAUAUGAAGAUAAUGGGUAAGUAUAUGUUAUCAUAGCCUUACAUCAUACAGACGUUCCCACUUGCAGAAAGUUUAGAAAUUAUUAUAUUUACCAUGACAAUUUAGGUUUGAUUAUGUGCUUAUCUACUACGAUCACCCAAAGGCCGUCAUACCAGGACCAGCCUACAACUGGAUGGUGAGCAAAGGUGGUCCCUACUUUUUAACAUACGUUUAUGAUGCUGCCAGAAAACUUCGUCAAAAACAACAAGAAACAGCUUAA